AUGGAGCCCUAUGGUGCUCAGAUGGGCUGUAUUACUGAUCGACCGGCCCUUGCGGCAUUUUUGGUCGCAGCGGCCAGUAUGCGGAUCUUGGUCACCCUCUGUCUGGCGAGCCAGUCUAGUGAGGCACACCUCCUCACAGCCUUCAGUCGAGGCAGGGAGAGGUCGAUUGAGAGUGAUAUACGGCUCGUGAUGGAGUCUUUGGAGGACGUGGAGGAAGCAACCCUAUUAUCAUCAGCAUUGGCAGUUAAGGAGAAGGUUGCAUUCUCAGUUCACGGCCAGGGGCUCAGUCUUGGUAUAUUUCCUGCAGUGUAUAGAACCAGUGAAUCCCCAGUGGCUAUCUUUGGUCGGGCUGGCACUCUAGUGCGCUACUCGGCGGUCUGGAUGGAAACUCUAUUUAUUAUCGUUGCCGCUGAAAUCAUGUUCAACAUCUGCAGCAGUUUUGUUGUGGGCAUAGCGGCGGUACAGGCCCGCCUGGACGGCCAGAGGUAUUUCCACGAUACAUUCUCCCUUACGAGGAGUCAGCCUGUAGAGAUGGAUGGACACUGCAAAGUUUGUGCUGCUUUCGUUGACCAAGUCUCGGCCGAUCAGUGGAGACUGCUGCGGCAUCCACUGGGCUAUAUCUACUUGAUGUGGCUGGUGGGCAACCCGCGUCCCUUCAAUGGUAUCCCUGUGUGUUCAGGUGACCCUAAGCGCCGCGACCGCAUUUAA